AUGCCUUCCGCGGUCGCGACGGCGUCGACGACGGACGGCGAUGACAAAGUGACGAGGCACUUCCCCGACGAGAUGCGAGCCGCGUGCGAGGCCGUCCGCCUCGCGUCCAUCGUCUGCGUCGAGACCCAGCGCACGCUGACCAGCGGCGAGAAGGUGAGCAAGAGCGACGACUCGCCCGUCACCGUCGCCGACUUCGCCGCGCAGUGCAUCGUCACCAGCGUGCUCCGGGAGUCCCAUCCGGACAUACAGAUGGUCGCCGAGGAGAGCGCGGACGAUCUGCGGGGCGAGGCGAACGCGCCGCUGCUCGACCGCGUGACGUCCCUGGUGAACAAGGUGAUCCUGAGGGCGGACUCGGAGAAGGAGAAGCCGGAGGACGGGAGCAUGGUCCGGCUCAUGUUCAACGAGGAGGUCGCGGACGCCAUCGACCGCGGCGGCAAGACCGACCCGUCCAGAUCGGGCAAGUACUGGAUCCUGGACCCCAUCGACGGCACGAAGGGAUUCAUAAACAAGAGGCAGUACGCCAUCGCGCUCGCGCUCAUGGACGACGGCGAGAUCGUCGGCGGCGUGCUCGGGUGCCCGAACAUGCCGAGCGAGCCGAUACCGCCGGGCAGCACCGAGAUCCCGACGGAACCGCCCGGCGUCGUUUUCUUUUCGGCCACGGACGCGGGCGCCGUCAUGAGGAUCGCCACCGAAGUCACCCACACGCACGGAAGGGACGCGAGCUACAUGGAAUCGUGGGGAGAUUCCAUCGUCGCCGCGCACGACGCCACGCGCGAGUUAACGAGGGCGCUGGGCGUCGUCAAUCCCCCGGUGCGCAUCGAUUCCAUGGCCAAGUACGGCGCGUUGGCGCGCGGGGACACCGACAUGUACCUUCGGUUCCCGCCCAAGACGUACAGGGAGAAGGUUUGGGAUCACGCGGCUGGCGCGGCGGUGGUGACGGAGGCGGGGGGGAUAAUCACCGACGGCGCCGGCAACGGGCUCGACUUCGCGUCGGGUCGGUUCCUGGACGUCGAGGGCGGGAUCGUGGCGAGCAGCACCGCGGAGCUGCACGAGAAGCUGCUGAAGCAGAUCGAGGCGCAGGGACUCGUGGAGAAGUGA